AGUAUGGCUACUAUAAAGUUGCAGGAAACUGUAAGCUAACCUUAAGUUGUUGCAGCCUGCAGGCCACAGUUGAGUAAUAAUCAAUCAUGGCCUCUCAUGCAGCUCUUGCUCCUACAAGAAUCCCUGCAAGCACAAGGCUUCCAACUAAGGCUGCUCAACAGCACUCCUUUCCUACUCAAUGCUCCUUUAAGAAACUUGACGUUGCUGAUUUCUCUGGGUUGCGAUCCAGCAACUGCGUUACAUUUACCCGAGAGGCAUCUUUUCAUGAUGUUAUAGCUGCCCAGCUAACAACCAAGACUACGGGAGCAGCUCCUGUUAGGGGUGAAACAGUGGCCAAGCUGAAGGUGGCAAUCAAUGGAUUUGGACGCAUUGGUAGGAACUUCCUUAGGUGCUGGCAUGGCCGCAAGGACUCUCCUCUUGAUGUUGUUGUCGUCAACGACAGCGGAGGUGUCAAGAGUGCAACACAUUUGCUCAAGUAUGACUCAAUACUAGGCACCUUUAAGGCCGAUGUGAAGAUUGUGGACAAUGAGACCUUUUCCAUUGAUGGCAAGUCUAUCAAGGUUGUGUCUAACAGGGAUCCUCUUAAACUCCCUUGGGCUGAUCUUGGCAUUGAUAUCGUCAUUGAGGGAACAGGAGUCUUUGUUGAUGGCCCUGGUGCUGGCAAACACAUUCAAGCUGGUGCGAAGAAAGUUAUCAUCACUGCUCCAGCAAAGGGUGCUGAUAUCCCCACCUAUGUUGUUGGUGUGAAUGAGGGAGACUACUCUCAUGAUGUUGCAAACAUCAUAAGCAAUGCUUCUUGCACCACCAACUGUCUAGCUCCUUUCGUGAAGAUUAUGGAUGAAGAAUUCGGUAUUGUGAAGGGGACAAUGACCACAACUCACUCCUACACUGGUGACCAGAGGCUCUUGGAUGCUUCCCACAGGGACUUGAGAAGAGCCCGGGCUGCAGCACUGAACAUAGUUCCAACCAGCACCGGUGCAGCUAAGGCUGUGUCCCUUGUCUUACCCCAACUUAAGGGAAAGCUCAAUGGCAUUGCCCUCCGUGUCCCUACCCCUAAUGUCUCUGUUGUUGAUCUUGUUGUCAACAUUGAAAAGAAAGGGAUCACAGCUGAGGAUGUAAACAAUGCCUUCAGGAAAGCAGCAGCAGGUCCAUCUAAAGGUGUAUUGGAAGUGUGCGACAUCCCUCUCGUGUCAGUGGAUUUCAGGUGCACUGAUGUCUCAUCUACCAUUGACUCAUCUCUCACCAUGGUCAUGGGUGAUGAUAUGGUUAAGGUCGUUGCCUGGUACGACAAUGAGUGGGGUUACAGCCAACGGGUGGUGGACUUGGCACACCUUGUAGCAAACAAGUGGCCUGGAAUGGAGGGAGCAAUAUCAAGCGGAGACCCAUUGGAGGAUUUCUGCAAGGAUAACCCUGCUGAUGAAGAGUGCAAAGUUUACGAGUGAUGCAAUUUCCUCUUUUCUCUACUCUUUCAGCUUCUUUUUUGGUGUUUCUGCAUCUGGCCUAAUAUGGUCUGAGUGAACAAAAUUUUUUUAUAACAUGAUUGCAUCAGCUUCUCAUUUUGUAAAUUGCUUGUAACCAAAGGUGGAACUAAAAAUGAGGCUAAUAAAUCAGUCACACAGUGCCACUGCUAGUGCCAGGCUCUUCAAAUUUGUGUAUACCUUUUAUAAUAUACCUUAUAAAUUCUGAAUGAUAACUCCUACGGCUGAGAUAUGACAUAUGAUAUAUGAUAUAAAGUAGUACUUCUUCCA